GUCGCGACCGACAUUUUUAUUUUCCCGAAAAAACUUUAUCAAACAAAGCGCGCCUCCCCUGCAUCUGCCGCCCAGCUGGCCCGCAGCCGGCCGUUCCGUCUCGCUCACUCUCGCACGAUCCAGCCGCGUUGGUAAGGGACGGGCGAUCCGGUAAUCGCAUCUCGACCCUCCGAUUCCCGGUGCACGGCAUUCGCAAUCGAAGCGCCGGGAUACGAUGACGAACAAACGCAAGCACGAGGACGCGGCGAAGGCUAAGCGGCAGCGUCGCCGCAAGCGCUCCCACAGCGAACCGCUGGAAUCCGACGGCGGGGAAAAACGACAGGUCCUGAAAAGGCUCUUCGGUCGAAUCUGCUCCGUCGACUUAGACAGGCCUGAACCAGAGGAAGUGGAAGUGAACGACGAAAACGACGAUCCCCUUCUGGACUCGAUUCCCGUGGACAUGGAUCCGGAGCAGCUGGGUUUUCUGGUGUGCGCGCAGGAGACGCUGCGCUUCCUCCACGGGCGGGGAAUCCCCAUCGAGCACCCCGUCUUCGCGCGGCUUCGCUCGCGGCUGCUUCGUGGUAUCGAUGAGAUGGCGACAGCCUGAGCGUUGCUCGGCCCGGAGCCCCCAAAACUGUGAACUGUGUUGUGAAAGUGCGGGCUUCGGCCGGUAUGUCGUCCACGUAAGGUUCAAUAUCGUGAAUCACGCAACAGGUGGUUGCUACCUAGUCAAAUCUAGUCAAAAUCUAAAGAAUAUAUUUAAGCAAAGACGUUUAUGUGUAUGUAAUAAACAGUGUAUAUGUA